AUGCAAAAUCCUAUUCAACUUCCUGUUGUUGACCUUUCUCCCUUGCUGGAUUAUGUACCUUCUGCUACAAAGUCGGCAUCGAGAAUUGCCUUUGAACUACAGAAUGCCUGCAUGAGUCAUGGAGCUUUUUACGUUACAUGCUCCUCUUUCAGCCGCGAUUCUGAAUUGAAAAUUUUAGAUAGUACACGUCGAUUUUUCAAUUUACCUGAAUCUGUAAAGUCUAAUAUAUCAAUAAAAUCUGGCGGGUUUACGCGAGGUUACAUAGCUAUGGGUGUUGAAUCAGGCUCCCAUCGAGUUGAGUCCAAGGAAGCCCUCUCAUACGGAUAUGAAUGGAACCCCUCGGAUAAACCUAGCAAUUCAUUACAAGGGCCAAAUGAAUGGGAUAAUCUUGAUGAGAUUUUAGGGCCAGAAUGGCGAAAAAGUUUGAAUGAGUUUUAUUCACAGAUGGUGUUUUUGGCUAAAUUAUUAGUGAAAGGUUUAGAGAUAGCACUCCAUCUCGAGCUUCAAAGUUAUUGUACUGGUGGUGAAACUAUUUCGCUUAUGAGAUUAUUUCACUAUUUUCCAUAUUCUAAUGAGCAGAAUGAAGUUGAAGCCAUUGGAAGUUCACCGCAUACCGAUUGGGGAUUUUUGACUCUUUUGCUUCAACCAGAUAAUGUGAAGGGACUUCAAAUAUUUUAUGAUAAUGAAUGGAGGGAUAUAGCAAGUAAACCCGGACAUAUUGUAGUGAACUGUGGUGAUUAUCUUUCUUUAAUAACUAAAGGAUCUUUUAUUUCCCCUUUACAUCGAGUAAUAAGUGAUGGCGCGAAUGAGAGAUAUUCGAUGGUCUUUUUUUACUAUCCAAAAUACGAUGCGCAUAUUCCGGUCAUUGAUGUAAGAGAUCCGAAAAUACAUAAUUUGAGCAUAUUUAAAGAUCAAAAAUAUGAUAAAGAUGACAAAAGAAACGAGCAGAAACAAGAAAUGAGUUCUAAUAUUGAUGGUGUUUGCUUUGGUGAAUACAUUGCGCGUAAAUGGGAUCAAGUAUAUCGGGGAUAA